AUGGGUAAUCGAUUUCAUGUGUUUUUUAAAUUUAUGUUAUCAGAUUCUUUUUUUAGAAAUUUAUUUGCAGAAGAAACAUCAAUUGAUACAUUUAAUCAAAGCAUCGCAAAUGCACUUCGAAAUUCAGCAGCUACAAAAAAUCAGAUGCCAUCACAAUCUUGUCCAAAUGUUUAUCUUGAUAUAUCCAUCAACAAUUAUCCAAUUGGUCGUAUUCAAUUCAAACUUUUCGAUGACAUUGUACCAACAACAGCAGCCAAUUUUCGAGCUUUAUGUACAGGUGAAAAAGGUUUUGGCUAUGAGGGAAGUAGAUUUCAUCGUGUAAUUCCUCAGUAUAUUGUUCAAGGUGGUGAUAUCACCAAUCAUAUUUAUGGUGGAAUGUUUGCUGAUGAAAAUUUCAUUUAUCAACAUUCAAAAUCCGGUCUUUUAUCAAUGGCUAAUCGUGGUCCAAAUACCAAUGGUUCACAAUUUUUUAUUACUACUGUUGUAACACCAUGGCUCGAUGGCAAAUAUGUUGUCUUUGGUGAAGUUGUUGAUGGUAUGAAUGUUGUUAAGAUAAUCGAAAGUUAUGGUAUAUUAUUUGACUAA